AUGGGAGGAGGAGGAACAGAAGCGUUUCCUGAUCUUGGAGAGCACUGCCAAAACCCAGAUUGCAAACUCCUCGAUUUUCUUCCUUUCACUUGUGAUGGCUGCAAAUUGGUGUUUUGUUUGGACCAUAGAUCGUAUAAGUCUCACGAUUGUCCGAAAUCAGAUCACGGAAGCAGAACAGUUUCGAUCUGCGAGACAUGUUCUGUAGCGAUUGAGACAACUGGUUUCGACGAAGAAGGAAUCAAAUCUUUGCUUGAGAAACACGAAAAAUCCGGAGAUUGUGACCCAAAGAAGAAGAAGAAGCCAAUCUGUCCUGUCAAGCGUUGCAGAGAGAUUCUGACUUUUGCCAACAACCUUACUUGCAAAGAUUGUGGGGUCAAGUUCUGUCUUAAACACAGGUUUCCGACAGAUCAUGUCUGUAACAAGAAGACCAUUACUAAUACAGCAGCAGGAACAAGCUCGACGUGGAAUGAGAAGUUUAUGGAAGCUUUGAGCUUGAGAAACAAGAAAGGAUGUGGAAGAGGAACUUCUGUUUCAUCAAAUUCUCCAUCUGUUAGAUCCUUUUAG